GUGAACGGGGUUCGAUAGUAAAAAUACGAAGUAAAAAUACGUCUGCGAAACCAUCUUCUUGUCUUACUUUACCCUAGAUGCUUUACUACUAGUACUAGUAGUACUACAGAAGACUAAAAUAACAUACACGUAUAUCACGUUACAACUGUACAUAGUGACGCACUCGGCUUGAGCAAACGAAAUGUUCUACGUACGACUGUUUGGGAAAAAUAAUGGCCGAGUCAAAAUUGACGAUAUAAAUUCAACAUCCAAAGUGAUAGAACUAAAACAGAAAGUGGCUGAUAGAUUAGGUCAUGAACUUAACGGAUUAGUGUUAACCUAUUGUGGACAUGUGCUAGAUGAUAAUAGCACUGUGGAUCAAUGCAAUAUACAAGCAGGAGCUACGAUAUAUGCAUUACAAAGAAAAUGUGACCAAGCAAAAACCAAAGAAACCAUUGAAAAGGUGAAGUCCAAGAACUGGUGACUGCACUUCAACAGCAUUCUUGAGUCCUUCAUCAAGAAACAUGGUUCACCAAAUGUUGGCCAAUCCUAAAGUGAUGGCCAAUAUUUGUGCAUCUACUCCAGGUCUGGCAAGCAACCCCAUAGCUCUUGGUAUCCUGCACGAUCCUGUACUUGUGGAGCUCCUCGCCGACCCGACGAACAUUCAGCGGACCAUCGACAUGCACCCGGAGCUUUACCUCGCGAUUGUCGCUCUUGCCUCGGCCAUCAAUGAGGAGACAGCAACCGCUGCCUCCGCCGGCGCUGGCCCCUCAGGCAGCAGGACCGAUGCCUACUCGUUAGAUAGGAUGUCAGAUGAUGAUGAUGAUGUUGCAGCAGCAUCCGCACAGGCAUCUCAACCUAUCACAUCCUCCCAGCUGGCUUCAGCACUGGCAUCUGCGACAGCGUCGGGAGCUACUUCCCAACCUGGUGGCGUCAUCACGACGGAUUUGUUCCAUCAAGCUAUGCAGCAGGCUCUUGGACUAGCCCCUGGUGAAGCUAAUGCCGAUAGUGAAAUGGGCCAGGUCCCACAUGGUCCUCCGACUAGUGGCCAGCCUCAAAGCGAACACGAGAGAGAAGUGCAGCUGCAAACGCUGCGCGACAUGGGCAUCACAGACGACGCGAUCAGCAGACGCGCGCUCGAGGUUACCAACGGCGACGUACAGGCCGCACUCGAACUCAUAUUCGGAGACGGGAUAUGAAUGCAACGCUGCGUAAUGGGAAUCUCAAGGGCCGGCGAGGGAGUCGCGGUGCGGGAUACGACUGGAAUGUACGGCAGUCGGUGACGUAACCCAGCUCUUAAAAUGGAUAAACCUCGCAGCUAAAUGCAUAUAUAUACCUACUGCGAGCUUGCAUAUGUUGCAAAA